CAGUGUUUUGACGUUUGUCGAUUCUUAAAUGUCAGUCACCGUAUAUCUAAAUUAUCAGGAAUUAUUAAUUAUCUAAUUAAACUAAAUCUCUGCCUCUCUUCUCUCAAAUUUCUUAUCAACUCACUUGUAUAGAAAUAAUUUAAAUAAAACAAGUAGAAAAAAAAUAAUAAACAAAGCAGACAAAUAAUUAAUUAUUAAAUUAAACAGUAUUGCAAUUAUUGUACGUCGUAAAUCGGAGUAGUCAUGCCUAUUUUAUACAGUGUUAUUUCACGUGGACCAACAAUAUUAGCUAAAUAUGCAACUUGUACUGGUAAUUUUGAAGAAGUUAUCGAUAAAAUAUUACCCAAAAUACCACCACAUAAUGACAAACUAACAUAUUCACAAGGACCAUAUUUAUUUCAUUACAUUUGCGAGGAUAGAAUUAUUUAUAUGUGUAUUACAGAUGACGAUUUUCAAAGAUCGAGAGCAUUUUUAUUUCUAAAUGAAAUAAAACGAAGAUUUCUAGCAGCUUAUGGCCCUGGUGUACAUAGUGCUAUUGCUUAUUCGAUGAAUCCUGAAUUUUCACGUGUACUGACUAAUGAAAUGAAACAUUAUAGUGAAUCGAAGGAUAUCGACACACUAUCAAAAGUUCAUGGUGAAUUAGACGAACUGAAAGAUAUAAUGGUUAGAAAUAUUGAUAACGUGGCUAUGAGAGGCGAACGCUUGGAAUUACUCGUUAAUAAGACUGAAAAUUUAACUAACAAUUCUGUGACAUUUCGAAAGACAAGCAGAAAUUUAGCACGUUCGCUAUUUUGGAAAAAUGUCAAAAUUUAUGUGAUAAUUGCCGCUAUUUUGAUUGUCGUUAUUUAUUUCAUCGUUUCAAUGUUCUGCGGGGGUCUGGCCUGGCAAAAAUGCGUCGGAAACUAAAAAAAUUCAUCGCCGUUUUCAAAAAAGAAAAAGUUAAACUAAAAAAAAAAAAAUAUA